CAUAAAAAAGACUAAUGAACAGAUCAAUGGUGGAAUGAGAUUGUAGACUUUAGUGGGCUUGAGCAACUUUAUUGAGACCGCCAAGACUGUUAAUUUUAGUAUAUGGUGGCGACAUGUCAUGGUCUCCGAGACCUCCCCAUUCCACAUUCUCCAAUGCGUCUGUUUACUUUGAACAAUCUGGAAGUCUAGAAAUAAAGUGACCUUCGAAUUUAUCCAACCUCAUGUCUGUUCCCUAGCCAGACAGUUCUACAACUAGGUCCUCGAAUUUUUCAAUCUUCUCCUUCCUCCUCCGCUCCGCAGCUCUCUUAUCCCAAAUCAUCCUGCCACCACUUGGGUCCCUCCACCAGAAGACUUUUUGAAGAUCACCGUCGACCCAACUGUUUGUGCUACCGGUUGUUCGUCUGGGCUUGUUAUUCGUGAGUCAGACGGGCAUGUGAUGUUGGCGCUCGGACUGCAACAUCAAGGAAUAGUCAAUCCUUAUCUAGCAGAGCUUCUAGCUUUUAGAGACGCUAUCUCCAUCAUAGCCUCAAGAUUAGGGCUGGGAAACGGUGCGGUCUGGUCCAGACCAGACCAUAUAUACGGUCUAUGGUCCAGACCGAGAGGCUAAAGUAUAGACCACAGACUAUACGGUCCGGUCUAGACCACGCCUGUGCGGUCUGGUUCGGUCUGGUCCAGAUAGACCACACUCAAUGAGAAACGAAUAAUUUGUUUAGUCAACCACACAAAAAAUUGAACUAAUAACCAGGAAAAAUAAUUGUUAUUUGCCUUAAAUCAUUAAUCCUAACAUGCAUGAAUAAUUUUGAUACUCUAAAUCUUAGUACACAACAAAGAUACUAAGUAAAAGCAUCCCAACUUGCACCAUAACGUCACAAGCACUAACAUAAUGUCAUAUGGAGACACGAUUAUCUCUACUCUCUGGUUAAAUGUGGUUGUGAAUGUAGGAGGGACGAGAUUCACAAAACUAAGGUUGAGACUUGGGUGUCGUUGUGGGAGUUGGGAGAGUGGUCGAAUGGGCUGUUAACACGUAUUGACAAGUCAGUUGGGUCCACGGUUUGGUCCGGUAAACUAUGGUCUAGACCAGACCAGACCAAGAGAUCAAAACAUAAAAUAACACAGACCAUGGACCAGACCAUACCAUACUUAACGGUCUACGGUCCGGACCAAACUGUGUGGUACGGUUUGGACCACUGUUUUUCUAACGGUCUGGUCUAUUUUCCCAGCCCUACUCAAGAUCCUUGACCCACGUGAUAGUCGAAGGUGAUUCCGAAGUGGUGGUCAACCAAAUCCGUCAAGGCGUUAUUGAAGACUCGAUUGGAGGUCCGGUGCUACGAGAGUGUCUUCAUAUCCUUAGCUCUUUGCCUGUUUGUAUAGAGUUUAGGGCGGUACCUAGAUCCGCCAACAGUGCUGCCCAUAGAGUGGCGUGUAAAGCACUGCUUUUGUCUCGUGUAGAGCUAGAAUCUUUUGAUUUUUUGGGGUGGCUUCUUUAGAUUCUGUUAGGGGUCCUGGGUUGAAUUGUAAGUUUGACUAUUUUCUUCCAUUGAUAUCACUUAGAAAUUAAAAAAAAAUCAAUGGUGGAAUGGAGCGAGACAUUCAAACGAUCAGUGGGCUAUACACAAGGAAGGUUAGUGGGCCGUCGUCUAUAACAAAGAUCAAGAGACACCACAGCCCAAUCAACUGCUUGUGUCUCGGCCUAGUGAUCGGUGGGCUUGAAAUUAAGUACUGGACCGGUAAUGGUACUGUGCCUGCCCGGGCCAGGUGAUGAGUUUGGCCGUGCAAGUCAUGUGCAAGUUGGACAAGUUGAUAGAAUUUCCAACAUAUAUAGUAACAUUAUGUAAUGUUAAUUAGCUAUGUUGCCGGACAAUAAGGCUUCUAAUUAUCAGUUGAAACUCGAAUACGAUAUUAAUAUAUCUUUUAUAAUAAUACCACUUGAUCACAUGUUCGUACAUCUAUCGGCUGAUAUUUUUUAGGUUAAGUAAGCAGCGUUAUCAAGAUGCACGUACGUUUGCUUCUUCACUACCAAAGCAGCCAUUUUCAUUUUGGGAAUGGUUGUUUUAUGGUAUUAUCGGCUAUAUAUGGAAAUUUAUAUAUAUAGUAAAAUAAACGGAAGAAAGGAGAUUGCCAAUUUGAUGAAUAUGGGACGGUUUGGAAUUAAUGAGUGACGUACACGUUGUUGGUUUGGUUUAGGACGAUCGAUCACCUGUGUACGUAUAGACUUGUGUAUAUAUAAGAGAUCCUAAUGCCACCGGCCGGCCGGCAGCUUGGACCGGAUUUAAUUUGCAUGGAGUCCAAGUCAAACCGAUUUGCAUCAAAUGGAUCGGCUGAUUCCAUCUAUAUAUAUACCUUUAAUUAGAUGAAAAUCAUAAAUAAACAUUAUAUUUUUUAUAGGCUAAAAUCAAUUAACAUAAAUAAUUAACACAUGUAUAUAUAGUUGUUUCAUAUCGAUUUCAAGUAAGUACCUAAAUAGUAAAUAUAAAUAGUUAUAUUUUAACAUGUAAAUGUUCCUACAUAUAAACUUUUUUGAAUAAUAUAAUCAAACUGCGCGCCUUUAGCUAUCAGCAGGGUGGCCUUGGGAUCCGUAACACCUGAUUUUGUCAAUAAGAAAGAAAGGUAAUUAUAAAAAACAACAAUGAAAUCCUUGUUUUUAACAAAUCAUGAGGACAUAAUUAAACUACUAACUACUUAACCACUUAGCAAAUGAUCAGGUACGUGCCUCCGGAGUAGAGACAGAGAAGAGAAGAGAAGAGGUAGAAAUUACAAGGAAUGUAUAGGUAGGUUAAAAAGUAGAAGCUGUAAAAAAUUAUUUUCUUCUAUUCUAGCUAGGGUUAGCUAGUUGAAACGGCUACGGAGGAAACUCUGCCGGCCGGCCAGCCGGUACUCCUCGCCCUAAAGUCCUGAUAUGAUAUGCAUGCCACCCCCGCCGGUAGCUGGGCCGGCCUGGUAAGUCUAUUUGGCUCUUCCUUGCAACUUGCAUAUAAUUCUAAGUAUAUGUUUUUGUAUGUAUCAAAUGUUUUGGAACUUCCUAAAUGAUUACACACAUUUUAAUUAUGUUUGAAGUUUAUUUAUCAACAAAAAAAAAAUAAAAAAAUUAUGUUUGAAGUUUAUGAUAAGGUUCUGCGAAUUAUUACUCCAUUUUGAAUCGAUCUGCAGCUCAUUGGGUUGAGUCCAUUAAUUAUCAGAGGCCAAGCAUUCAUGUUUGCUUUAAUUUGGUAAAUAACUCUUCAUUAAUGCUAGAUGCAUAAUAAUUAAUCGAACCCUCAACAACGUAACUCUUGUUUUUUCAAAGUUUUCUCAAUCGAACCCUCAACAACGUAACUCUUGUUUUUUCAAAGUUUUCUCAAAACUUUAACAUCCUUCCAACAGGUAGAAAUACUUGGCAUGUGCAAAUAUAUAAUUAAACACAACAUUUGAAAGUGUUGGGCAUAUGGCUCGGGUCCAGGCGCGCCAAGAGGCCAGCGCGAUGCCGCGCUUGCAAAGGCAUACCCAAAGGCGCGCACACGCGAGAAGGUUAAGCGCCCGGAGGCCUCAUGCGCGGACAUGGACUCCAAACGACCGAACGGCGGCGUUUUAGCCGAAAGUUGACUAUACCUAGUCUGCCUUGAAGAGUGGUCACAUUAGUGUCCUAGGUACAAUGAUGGACAAACCCCCUAGUACUAGGUAGGAGGAUGGCUGAAAGUUCUGACAAUGAUAGCAGUCUUGUCACUGUGUAACUCACCCACCAUCAUGUAGCCUAUAAAUACGGCAUUUACUUCGGUGGGUGAGGGAUGACAUUUUUCACUCUCUGACUAGUAUUACGAACUACUACUUUCUCUCUCUAAGAAUACCUCCUUUCUAGACCUCUUGUUGUUACUCUUCUCACCCUCUUUUCCGAGUUCACCUCCUACCCUCAGUUGGACUCAAACAGAAAGUAUGAGAAUGCCACCACGACCUUGAGCUUGUAGUUAAGUAGGUUGAGCUAGUUAACUAGCUAGUAAAUGGGGUUUGGAGCCAAUGAGUUAAUGUUAGGGGUGGGCAUCGGUGCGGUUUUGACCGCACCACACCGUAUUGAUAUAAACCGCACCGCACCGCAUCUUAAUCGGACCGCAUCGCAUGUUCGACCACAAAGUUAUUGGUGCGGUCAAACCAAACCGCAUAAAUUAGCAGUUUGGUACGGUUUAUACCGCGCCGCAUUUUGACCGCAAUUCAUUAUGAUUUGUACAUUAUUAAAUAACAUUGACUCUGUUUCUUUCCGCCAAAACAGAGCAAUCCUACCGUGUGUAAAUGCCAAUUUCUAUGGAUUUCAUCACAGAAUCCAGGACAAGCUUCGUCUUCCUGCAAAUCUCAGCCCACGACCGUGCCUUAACCCCUGAAGAAGCCUGGAAAAUUUCUCAACUUCAACCUCCUGUAGAACUUCAUUCACAACUUCACGUUCCAAUCCAAAUCCCGAUCCACUUACUUAGCCAUCCAAGUGAAGUUGAACUCAGUGGAUUGCUCCUUGUAGGGAAGUAUGAAGUCCCCUAAACACAGAGACCAAUUGGCGCCAACAAUCUCCAAUUACAUGGUGAGAUGAGAGAGGAAAGAGCACAGUGGAUGAUCCCCAUAGUGUUGUCUUAUUCCUAAUGCAGUUGUGCCGAACAGGAGAUUAUGACUCCAGUAAAGCAUUUGGUGAAAUCAAUCACUUUGAAAUGUAAGGGUUUCAAGUGGAAUCUACUAGGAACACGAGUUAGCAAGCAGAAAGACGGAGAACUCUGUUGCCUUGCCACCAAAACAGAGCAUGCCAAGUUUCUUUGCCCUUUAGCCCAUUCGCCAUGUUUCUCAUUAGCUGGUUGAUUGCUUCUGCAGAAAUAUUUAAAUCUAGUCACAGUAUUUAAAUUUAGUCUAGCUAUAAUGAUCGGGAGUCGAGAACGGGUAGUCGAGAAGGACGAAUAAAUCUGCAAAGAGAGAAGCAUCAUGGUGGUCGAGAACGGGUAGUCGAGAGGGACGAAUAAGUCGGGAGUCAGAUGAAGGCGAGAACGGGUAGUCGAGAUGGAGGAAUCGGCGCUAGCGCAGCGACGAUACUUGCUCUUGUGGUGAUGAAGUUGGCGCUGUCGUCGGGAAGAAUAGAUCGGGCUGUGUGGUGAGAAUUGAGAGGCCUCGCUGAUUGUAGGUGGGAGACAUAGGGAUUUAGCGGUUUGCGGUUUUGAACCGCAACCGCGCGGUUUCGAUCAAUCCGUACCGUAAACCGCGAACCGGUUGAGAAUCAGACCGCAAAAACCGCAAUUUAAAUGGUGCGGAUUGGAUUGACCGCACAAGCGAUUUGGAGCGGGCGGAGCGGUUUGGACCGCACCAAUGCCCACCCCUAAUUAAUGUCAAUAUAUGCCAUUGUUUGUAUUCUAAUAAGGGAUAUUGGAUUUCUGUUAAAGAUUUUUACUAUUGUUGUGUAUUUAAAUAGCAGCAUUUGAGACUAGUAUAACUUUUUUAGUAAUGAAUGAAAAGAUUGACUAUUUUAGCCGGCAAGCAAAAUAUAAUUAAACUAGUGAUAGAAUUUUAGCUACAUAUAGCCAGAACCCACGUGGUUAGAGCAGAGUGUCCACGUGGAUGACAUGCAGGAAACCCCUUCCUUCCAUAUCCAAGUCUGAAUUCCUGAUCGAGAAGAAAACAUUUGAGUAAGUAGUUAUCUGCACUGCACUGCAGCAUCACCAAACAGGCAACCAAAUUAAAGUUCCCCUGCCCUGUCCUGGGAAGCAAUUUCCAUCUGCACGUAGCUUAGCUUAGCUUAGCUAGAUCACUAAAUCAAAUCACGUACGUACCACCAUAUAUAUAUACACAUACAUACAUACAUACCUUCAGCAGAUCGAGAGGGAGAGAGUUUGCCCAGAAACGAAAAACAGUCAGGGAAGAAGAGAGUGCAGAGAGCCAAUUUUGAUUCGGUUUUGAAGGGGGCCCGGCCCGGUGAUAAGUGUUGAUAACGCUAUACCCGUCCCUAGCUAGCUAACUGAUGGCUGACCCGAGUAGUAGCGACUGCGGUGGUGGCGGGAACUUCAGCGGGUUCUACGAGACAUGGUUCGAGCAGCUGCAGCAGCUGGUACGGCAGCUCCGGAUGUGCCCUAACCCGCCCACCUCCCACGACCACCGCCUCGCCAUCUCGCGUCUGGUGCAGAGCAUCAUGUCCCACUACGCCGACUAUUACCAGGUGAAGUCAGCUGCCGCGGAGCGUGACGUGCUGCUGAUGUUCAUGGCACCGUGGGCCUCUUCCUUGGAGCGAUCCCUACACUGGAUUGCUGGCUGGAGGCCCACCACUCUCUUCCACCUGGUCUACACCGAGUCGAGCAUCCUAUUCGAGUCCCACAUUGUCGACAUCCUCAAGGGCCGCAACACAGGGGACCUCGGCGACCUAUCCCCGACCCAGUUCCGACGGGUGAGUGAGCUGCAGUGCGACACGGUGAGGGAGGAGAACGCCAUUACCGAUGAGCUCUCCGAGUGGCAGGACGGGGCGAGCGAUCUGGUGGGCUGCUCCACAGAGGAUGUGGAGAGGAAGGUGAGCAAGCUGGUGGGGAUUCUGAGGAAGGCGGACCAUCUGAGGUUGAAGACGGUCAGGCAGCUGGUGGAGCUGUUGACGCCGCAGCAGGCUGUGGAGUUCUUGAUAGCUGCUGCGGAGCUUCAGUUUGGUGUCCGUGGGUGGGGACAAGAGCAGGACAGCCUUCGCCGCUGUUGAUACAUGGCUUGGCUGCUGCACAAUUUUUAUUAUGAGUAGGUGCAAAACCAAGUUUAGUAUAUCGUUAGAUAUGGUAUUGGGGAGUGUAGCUAGCAAGGAUGAGAAGACAGACGGACAUUGACAUUUAUCAGCUUUUGUUUCUGUGCUUUGCUUCUCUUGUUAUAUCUAGUUGUGCCGCAUUUGUAGGGCGCUGGUGAGGAUACUGGUCAAGCUGUAUGCUGUUAAUAACUUGUUACCAUGAUUUGAGCCAGCAGCCAUGGUGGCCAACUUAGUGUCCCUCGUAAUUCAAAUAAAACUCGUGGUGUGGG